AUACAUACUCUCUGUAUCAGUGUGUUUUGAGAGUACUGUGACCUCUAAAGAUUGUUGCUGCCAUGUGAUUACUGGAAUGGUGUUUGAAGUCUACUGGGGCGGUCGGGGUGGAUAAAAGAGGAUGGACUCCCUUGAUCUUUCCAUACAUUCACAAAGAAGAGGAACUGUGUCGACACAACGAGAGGACGAAUCCAGACUGAAAGAUCACUCAUUAAAAAAAACAAAAACAGAAUAUAGAUUUGUGGAUAUCUUAAAUAAUAAUUUCCUUCCCACUUAAAUGAAUACUGUUGUCCUCGGACAUCUCUGCAAUUUCGUGAAGUACAGGGGGUCAUAUGUGAAGAGUGUCCGCCUCACUGUCCGCCAUACUGCCAGUAUGCCUCUGUUAGUGUUGAAGUGCAUGCUGCUGUGUGCACUGAUGCACAGGGCGGCGUGCGCCUGUAUGCUGAGCAAUCACACCUUAUGGAUUGAGAGUCGCGACUGUGCCCAGUGUGUGGCCAUCAACACUACCAUCUGCAAAGGCUACUGUUACACAAAGGACACCAACUUGAAGGGACGUUUCGGGAGGGACUUCAUGAUCCAGCGCAGCUGUGUGCCUCUCUCCCUGGUGUACCGAGCCGUCCAUUUGCCCGGCUGCCCUCCGGGUGUCAACCCGCAGGUGUAUUACCCCGCUGCCCACCGCUGCCUCUGCAAGCGCUGCGACACGCGCACGCACCACUGCGUGCGCACCAGCCGCGUCUCCACCGAGGGAUGCUCCGCGACCCUCGACGGUGUGAAGAGCCAGACGCAGCCCUCCGUGGCAACCCAGCAAUAUGUUAACACAGGCGAUGCUGCUUGACACAUGCCACGGCCGAUGGACCAGAAGGGCUUGUUGUUGUUAUUGCUGUUGUGCGUCUGAGUGUUUUUCUUUUCUUUCUAGUUAGGUAUAAUGUCACAGCUCAAUAAAACCCCAUGUUGAACAUGCAUUGUAAUUUCACUGUGAUAAUUGCAUACAUUAAAGAAAUUAGAAUAAUUGUAGGCUAUGGAAAUAAAUAAUGCCUGA